ACUACUGCAGAUGGCCUCCAGCUUAACAACAAUUUCGAAUUUAGCUGAGCUAACAGCACUGAAGGAGCUCCACUUAAAGGAUUGGCCCAAGCACUGCGUGGGCUUCUACUGGCUCGACAACUAUUUGCGCUGGCUGCAAAAGAAUCCCAAUACUAAGUACUUAACAUUCUACACACUCAACGGCAAUUGGCGACGUGAUGGGCUCUUUAUACUAGUGCAUCGCUAUCAAUUGUUCUUCAGUAAUCUGAGCAGACAAAAGACACCUGAGCUGUUAACAGCACUAACACUGAUGGACUGGACACGUGGCUAUAAAGUGAGCGCCAUUCACGAGACGCACCAUGCGAUCUAUAAACAGCUGCUGGCGGAGCAUCAUCUGUUCAUGGAUCGCGAAAUGAAGACCAUUAUGUAUCGACUGCCCUGCGAGCAGGCCAAAGAACUGCAAGUGAACUGCCCGCCGGGCUACUUUCUGGACAAUGUGCGGCUGGAGCACGCAGAGCUCAUCAAUGAGCUCUGGUCAGCUAAGCAUCCAGGCUCACUAAAGCUCAUCCAGCUGCUGAUAGAGAUGAAUACCAAUGUGGGAUUGUAUGAUCAGGCAACUGGGCAGCUCUGUGCCUGGUGUUUAAGAUUGCAGAGCGGUUUCCUGGGCGCCCUGGAGGUGCUACCCACGCAUCAGCGUCGUGGCCUGGGCUUAGUUGUGGCCGCUGCCAUAGCCAAGCGCAUAUCCGGCGACUUAAAUCACGAUGUGACAGCGCUGGUUAAUCUAAAUAAUACGGCCGCCUGUAGAGUAUUUGAAAAGCUACAGUUUAUGCUAAUCAAGGGAGAGCAUUAUUACUGGAGCAUGUGCUUGCCCACGGCAGAGAGCUCACUUAGUUGGCUUAUAAGCGAAUGAUUAGCAGACAGAGAGUAAACAGCCUAGCUUUG